UGAGGAGCAGGGGGCGGGGCCGAGGCCGCUGACGCGGCGGCGGAGUCACCCGGGCAGCUUCGGGACCGGUCACCGGCCGGCAACCGUCCAGCGGCCUCGACCACCGCCUUCCUCCUCCCUCCUCGGUCGUCUCUCCCUGGCCUAAAGAUAGCGUCGUCGACAGGGGCUGAAUUCUGUCGGUUCCUCUCAAGUGACUCACCUCCGGCGGGCCGUUUUGUCCUCAGGGGCCGCCUUGGUGGGGCGAGGUUUCCGUGACGAACCUCCUGGGGCUGUCGGUGCCCGCUCGGGCCGUCGUGGCGGCUCAAGCGCCUGGAACUUGCUCACGCUCCGGCGGUCCGAGGCCCUCGAAGUUAUGCGUCGCCUGCAGGCGGUUGCGGCGGGCGCCGGCUCCUAAAGGGCGUCACACCCGGACUCCGCCGACUGGGCAACCUCCAUUCAUCUUCCAAUUGCGCCUCCAGCGCCCCCGCCUUCUCCGGUCCCCUCCUCGGAUUCAUUUUUUCCUGUCCCCCCUGUGCCGCCCUUUCCUCACUCCUUGGGUGAGGCGAUUCUCCUGGAAACGAAGGCAUCGGUUAUGAGCCGGACCCUCCUUCCUUGAAUUUCUCGGUGGAGGAAGUCAGGGGUGACCCGCCGCCCGCCGCGCCCCUCAGCAUGGGGGUGAACGCUGUGCACUGGUUCCGAAAGGGGCUGCGACUCCACGACAACCCCGCCCUGAAGGACUGCAUUCAGGGCGCCGACACCAUCCGCUGCGUCUACAUCCUUGACCCCUGGUUUGCCGGAUCCUCCAAUGUGGGCAUCAACAGGUGGCGGAUAAUGCCCAAAUUUCUUAGCCUGGCUUUCAAGAUCUACCUUUUGGCCUGUGAAUGGAACAUUGCUAAACUUUCAAUUGAGUAUGAUUCUGAGCCCUUUGGGAAGGAACGAGAUGCAGCUAUUAAGAAACUGGCUACUGAAGCUGGAGUAGAAGUCAUUGUACGAAUUUCACAUACAUUAUAUGACCUAGACAAGAUCAUAGAACUCAAUGGUGGACAACCGCCUCUAACUUAUAAAAGAUUCCAGACUCUCAUCAGCAAAAUGGAACCACUAGAGAUACCAGUAGAGACAAUUACUUCAGAAGUGAUAGAAAAGUGCACAACUCCUCUGUCUGAUGACCAUGAUGAGAAAUAUGGAGUCCCUUCACUGGAAGAGCUAGGUUUUGAUACAGAUGGCUUAUCCUCCGCAGUGUGGCCAGGUGGAGAAACUGAAGCACUUACACGUUUGGAAAGGCAUUUGGAAAGAAAAGCUUGGGUGGCAAACUUUGAAAGACCACGAAUGAAUGCAAAUUCCCUCCUUGCAAGCCCUACUGGACUCAGUCCUUAUCUCCGAUUUGGUUGUUUGUCAUGUCGACUAUUUUACUUCAAACUAACAGAUCUCUACAAAAAGGUAAAAAAGAACAGUUCCCCUCCUCUUUCUCUUUAUGGGCAACUAUUAUGGCGUGAAUUUUUCUAUACAGCAGCAACAAAUAAUCCACGCUUUGAUAAAAUGGAAGGAAACCCCAUCUGUGUUCAGAUUCCUUGGGAUAAGAAUCCUGAGGCUUUAGCCAAAUGGGCAGAAGGCCGGACAGGCUUUCCGUGGAUUGAUGCCAUCAUGACACAGCUUCGUCAGGAGGGUUGGAUUCACCAUUUAGCCAGACAUGCAGUUGCUUGCUUCCUGACACGAGGUGACCUGUGGAUUAGUUGGGAAGAAGGAAUGAAGGUAUUUGAAGAAUUAUUGCUUGAUGCAGAUUGGAGUAUAAAUGCUGGAAGUUGGAUGUGGCUGUCUUGUAGUUCCUUUUUCCAACAGUUUUUUCACUGCUAUUGUCCUGCUAGUUUUGGUAGGAGAACAGAUCCCAAUGGAGACUACAUCAGGCGUUAUUUGCCUGUUCUAAGAGGCUUCCCUGCAAAAUAUAUCUAUGAUCCCUGGAAUGCACCAGAAGGUAUCCAAAAAGUAGCCAAAUGUUUGAUAGGAGUUAAUUAUCCUAAACCAAUGGUGAACCAUGCUGAGGCAAGCCGUUUGAAUAUUGAAAGGAUGAAACAGAUCUAUCAGCAGCUUUCACGAUAUAGAGGACUAGGUCUUCUUGCGUCAGUACCUUCUAAUCCUAAUGGGAACGGAGGCUUCAUGGAGUAUUCUUCUGCGGAAAAUAUCCCAGGUUGUAGCAGCAGUGGAAAUUGCUCUCAAGGAAGUGGUAUUUUACAUUAUGCUCAUGGCGACAGUCAGCAGACUCACCUAUUGAAGCAAGGAAGAAGCUCCAUGGGCACUGGUCUCAGCGGUGGGAAACGCCCUAGUCAGGAAGAGGACACGCAGAGUAUUGGUCCUAAAGUCCAGAGACAGAGCACAAAUUAGAAAACAUUCAGGAGGAAUACUGUUGCAGCUGAAAUUGGUGGGGAGUUCAAUACUUUUCAAUUAAAUUAUUUUAAAAUGUUCUUCAUUGAUGGAAAGCAGUUACAUUUUGAAACGUGUUGUUUCUAAUGACAUUUCUGUGGUUUUUAACUUUUUAAUGAAUUUCACAUAGGACAAAUGGUAAUUUGUAUAUAAAGAACUUGGUAAAAGAAUUUGCUUAAUGUAAAUAUAAAUAGUUACGAUUAGUAUAGACCCAUCAAUAUAUUUUUGAUAAUUUUUCAUGUAUGGUAAAAUGUUAACAAACUGAUAUUCUGAUAUAAAACUCAAAGUUUUGAGAGUCAAUGUGGGCAAACAGGAGGUUUUUAGACUUUCUUAAGAGACUUUGUUAAAAUUUUAGGACAAAAUUUUCUUGACGUUGUUUGAUCUAACUUUGUACUCUUUGAUAAUAAUGUUUUAGAAAAUGUGCAUAAUCAAAACUAGUAGUUGUAGCCUCUGUUAACACAAAUAUGUUUUAAAGCAUCAUGUAUACCAGUUUUGACUCAAACAUACAGAAGAUCAUGUGUUAAGUUCUCUUUGU